AUGAACAAAGAAAACAUAACAAUUAUGAAAAUAGUAGGAGUUGCAUUCUCGGCUGUUACAAUAUUUUUGACUAUUUCAUAUUUUGCAAUAAAUAUGUCUGGUCCAAAUAAACUUUCUGCCACAGAUGCUAAUAAAGCCAUUCAAAGCUCUUCUACCAACAGUCAAUCCAGCUCGAAAGCUAGCAAACCACAAGAUCCCAAAACACAAUCUGCUAACGAAAAAGAAAAAGUGAAUAGUCCUAAGCCGUCUACUAAGAACUUAAGCGAUAACAAUACUGGGGGAUCUACUAACGAAAAACCAGCUGCUAGCACUACUCAAGAAGGAGCCAACUUGACUGUCAGCGAAGAACAGCCAGAGAAGUAUGAAAAACAAAAGCCAUUAGUUUCAGACACACUCAAGACUCCAACAGAAGGAACAAAAGAAGAGUCUAAAUCUAGCCUCAUUGAUGGAUUUAUUUCUUGGUUCAAUGCUUUCUUUAAUCAGUCUCCAAAAAAAGAAUCAGAUGAAGGAGCUCCAUUAGACAACUCAAAUACUGCUAAAACAGAACAAACAAUAGAAGGACUAAAAGAUAACGAAGAAUCUAUAAAAUCUAGUUCAGAUUAUGUGUCUGUAUUAGAUAAAAUAUCUACUGAAUAA